AUGAUACCUGAAUUAAAUUAUUAUUCAAUAUCCAAUUCAAAUAUUCAAAAGUCAGAAGAAUUAUACUAAAAAGGUAAUUAAUCGAUUAAAUCAGGAUAUCAAUUAUAAUUUAGGAUACAAAUUUAAUUAUAUUGGAAUGAUAAAUUUGAAGAAACAAUUAAACUCUUUUGA